AUGCCCUCCCCGAGGCGUCUCCGCGUGUUCCUGUACCUCACCCUGGCUGGCGUUAUCACAUUACUUUUUCUCACAUCGCGGGCCCGCCAUGAGCGUGAGUCAGAUUUCUACCAAAAGACCGUGAAUGCCCUGGAUAAGGGGCGCGGCACCGGCUCUGGCGGCGCGGAAGCAGGUCAGAAAAUCAUGGCAGGACUCGGACACGAUCACGACGCGGACGCAGAUGGCGACAUUGACGAGGACGACGUCAUUGUUGCCCAGGAGAUGGCGAGACGACUCCGCGAAGCCCAGCAGCAAGCCAAGGACAGCGCGAACGCCAAGGCGCCCAACAAGCCGGACAAUCCCCAGGACGUGAUAGGCGUGGGAAGCUCGGCGAGUGGGCAGGAGAAGGGCGCUUUGGGCGAGAAAGAGAAGGAGAAGUUGCGCGAGACGGAAGGCGACCCCGAGGUUGAGAUGGAGCUGAACGCCAUUCUGAAAAAGGCCCCAGUGAUUAUCUUUUCCAAGUCAUACUGCCCGCAUUCGAAGCGGGCAAAGGGAAUUCUGUUAGAGAAGUACAUCAUCGAACCCGCGCCUUACGUGGUCGAGCUCGACCAGCACCCGCUAGGGCCCAAGAUACAGGAGAGAUUGGGAGUCAUGACUGGCAGGAGGACGGUACCAAACAUCAUGGUCUAUGGAAAGAGCAUCGGCGGCGGCGACACCAUCGCUGCUCUCGACACCGAGAAGGCCCUGGCCAAGAAGAUCAUGUCCCUCGGCGGAGACCGAAUAGAAGUGACGGAGCGCUUCGUCGGGAGUGUUCCAAAGAUGGCUAAGGCAGGGUAG